GCUGCCGAAAGUCCCGGGGUUAAAUUACACAACCCUGUUCUGAGACAGGCUAUAUUUUCUUUCAAAUUCCUACUUCCUGAAACGGAGGCUGUUUAUGAGAAACAGUAUGUUUCAGGAAGGUUGUGCUAUAAUUAACUUUUUUUUCCCCGAGUUACAUUGGCUGGUUUUAAAGUGCUUUUCCUCUUCUACGAGAUAAAGGUACCUCAGCCUUGAAGGGGCUCUUUGAUCGAGGAUCGAUGUCUUCUCCUGGGUAAUUGAUCACUGUAGGCCCAGGGACACUCGACUCAUCAUUGAGGGAGGGUGAUCAUCAUGAAUAAUCAAAAAGCUGUAGCUGCGCUACUGCAGGAGUGCAAGCAAGUGCUGGACCAGCUCUUGUUGGAGGCGUCAGAUGUGUCGGAGGAGGACAAGAGGGAGGACCAGCGGUGCAGAGCUUCACUCCCCAGCGAGUUAAGAACCCUGAUCCAGGAGGCAAAGGAAAUGAAGUGGCCCUUCGUGCCUGAAAAGUGGCAGUACAAACAAGCCGUGGGCCCAGAGGACAAAACAAACCUGCAGGAUGUGAUUGGCGCCGGGUUGCAGCAGUUACUGGCAUCCCUGAAAGCCUCCAUCCUCGUCCGGGACUGCGCCACCGCCUCUGCCAUUGUGUUCCUGAGCGACCGGUUCCUAUACGGGCUUGAUGUCUCCAGUGAGCUCCUGCGGGUCGCCAAAGGGCUGCACAAGCUGCAGCCGGCGACGCCAAUUGCCCCCCAGGUGGUUAUUCGGCAAGCCCGAGUCUCGAUGCACUCAGGGAAACUUUUAAAAGCAGAGUAUAUCCUGAGCAGUCUCAUAAGCAACAGUGGAGCAACAGGUACCUGGCUGUACAGAAAUGAAAGUGACAAGGUCCUCGUACAGUCGGUCUGCAUCCAGAUCAGAGGACAGAUUCUGCAGAAGCUGGGGAUGUGGUACGAAGCAGCAGAGUUAAUAUGGGCAUCAAUCAUAGGAUAUCUGACACUUCCUCAGCCAGAUAAAAAGGGCAUUUCCACAUCACUAGGUAUAUUGGCAGAUAUCUUUGUUUCCAUGAGCAAGAAAGAUUAUGAAAAGUUUAAAAACAAUCCUGAAAUUAACUUGGGCUUGCUGAAGGAGUCUGACCACCGUUUGCUGUCAGCCGCAGAAGCCUGCAAGCUGGCUGCUGCCUUCACUUCUUACACGCCACUCUUCGUGCUCACAGCUAUGAAUAUUCGUGGCACAUGCCUGUUGUCCUAUAGUAGUUCUAAUGACUGUCCUCCAGAAAUGAAAAAUUUGUAUCUGUGUGAAGCCAAAGAAGCCUUUGAAAUUGGUCUCCUCACCAAGAAAUGUGAUGAACCAGUUACUGGAAAACAGGAACUCCAUAGUUUUCUCAAAGCUGCUUUCGGUCUCACCACAGUGCACCAAAGACUUUAUGGGGAGAAGGAGACGGUCCUUGCAGCCAGUCAGCUCUGUAGUGAAGCGAUGGGAAAGCUGUACACUUUCAGUACUUCCUCCAAAAGUCAGGAAAGAGAAGCUGUCUCUCAGGAAAUCAUGUCUGUUAUCAGCCGGGUGAAGGAACAUUUACAAGUUCAAAGCUUCUUUAAGUUAGACGAUAAGUCUUAUGUUCCAGAGGGUUUCAAGUGUGGGUUGGAGAAACUCAUCAUGCAUGGACAAAUAGAUUUCCAAAAACUUCUUGAAACCUAUUCACAGCACCACACUUCGGUGUGUGAAAUAUUUGAAAGCACUUGUGGAUACAACAAAAAUAAACAGAAAGAUACCAAAACAGGAGUCUGUAUCACCGAUCUAAAAACAGAAACAAAAAAUAUAGAUACUGUGAGUAUUAUUGAAGACAAACCACGUUCUAAAAAAGGCAUGAUAGUAUCUUCCUCCCAAAUGGCUAAGAGUGGUCUGGAGAAACUCAGGAGGGUAGGAAAGAGAAACUGGGCCCAUUCUGAUGCAUUUCGAGUCUCUUUGGAUGAAGAUGCAGAGACUGAGGCCGAGUCACCAGAGCACAGUCAUGGAGCGGGAGCUGUCUUGAACAAGUCUCUGAGUGACAGCCAGAGCUCCAGUUCUUGGAGCAAGUUAUCGGCGUUUAGUUCAUCUACAAGCUGGGAAGAAUUGAAUUAUCAUGGUGAUGAUAGGUCAGCCAAAAGAGAGACGAGCAAGAAAGAGCAUCUUGUGGACACUCGGUGUUCUACUGCCCUAUCGGAAGAGCUAGAGAUUGAUGAGGAAAGCAGAGCUGUACAUCCAUUGUCUUCAGAGCUCCAGGGUCUCUCUCUCCAGGUGUCCAAGGAUGACAGUUCUCAAAGCCAACUACACAAAGACAUACCCUUGACAACCUUUUCUCCUCGUAACACAACAGGCCCAUUGUUGGCCUCCGGAGGAGGGUGGUUAAAAGGAGCUCCAGAAAGUAUUCAGGAAGUCAAGACUAUGGGGUCUGGAAACACUUCUGCUCAUCCCAGACCCUCAUUUGGUUCUGCUUCUUGGUCUUCUGUCUCUGGUUGGCCCAAGGAUAUGGCCACAUAUCCUUCGAUCCAAGAAGAAGAAACCUUUGAAAUAAUUGAUAAGUUUCCAGAAAUUGGCUGUGAUGCCAAAAAUAGGCAUGAAGAAGAGAAGAGAGAGGAAAUCAAAGAAGACACAGGCCCUGCAUUUAAUGAUAGCCUGUGCUGGGUUGACCCAGAAGGAGAAACGGCAGAAAGAACAGAAGACAUGCCUGUAGACUUCCACAUGGCCAUGGAUGAUUCUUUGGGCAAACGUUUCAUGAUAACACACAAUUCGUUUGCCCCUCAUUGCCCUGUUCAAAAUCCUGACUCAAGAAAAAGCAGUCACUCAGUCAAAGAGUGGGACAUUGACCCUGAUGCCUCCACGGUAGAUGAGGAGAGCCAACGGCUGGACAUCAGGGACGUUCACACCACUAGCACAUGGGGCUCUCAUAGACCAUGUGCUUUGGGGCAGCUGUGUGGCCAGGAGGCCGAGAGCCCCAGUUCCUCGGGAAGCUGUAAUAUUUCCACCCCUGUCCUCAUCAAGGACUGCACUACCACAGAGGAAGCAGAUGAACCUGGAAAGCUGCUAAACUGCAGCCAGAGCUCCAGCUCAUCCUUGGCAUGGUGGUCGAAAUCACCUGCAAUUUCCAGUGGUUCUUCUGAGGGUGAAAACCCAUGGUCCUUUCUGAAUUCCAGUGGAAGUUCUUUUGUUUCAUUACCAGGAAUGAUGAGGCAGGAGAUCCUUGAGGCUCGCACCCUGAAGCCUGAUGACUUUGAAAAACUCUUGGCAGGGGUGAGGCAUGAUUGGCUGUUCCAGAGGCUGGAGAAUACUGGAGUUUUUAAGUCUAGUCAACUCCACGGAGCACAAAAUGCUCUUUUGUUAAAAUAUUCCAAGAAAUCUGGACUGUGGACAGCCCAGGAAACUGUGGUGUAUUUGGGGGAUUAUCUCAAUGUGAAGAAGAAAGGCAGACAAAGAAAUGCAUUUUGGGUUCAUCAUCUUCACCAAGAAGAAACUCUGGGGAGGUAUGUUGGGAAAGAAUAUAAGGAGCAGAAGGGGCUCUGGCACCACUUCAUCGAUGUGGAGAGGCAGAUGACAGCACAGCACUAUGUGACAGAAUUUAACAAGAGACUUUAUGAGCAAAAGAUUCAUACACAGAUAUUCUACAUACCAUCUACAAUAUUACUGAUUUUAGAGGGCAAGACAAUAAAAGGAUGCAUCAGUGUGGAACCUUACAUACUGGGAGAAUUUGUAAAGUUAUCAAAUAACACAAAAGUGGUGAAAACAGAGUACAAAGCCACAGAAUAUGGCUUGGCUUAUGGCCACUUUUCUUAUGAGUUUUCCAAUCAUAGAGAUGUUGUGGUCGAUUUACAAGGUUGGGUGACUGGUAAUGGAAAAGGUCUCAUCUACCUCACAGAUCCCCAGAUUCACUCAGUUGAUCAGAAAGAUGUCACUACCAAUUUUGGAAAGAGAGGAAUAUUUUACUUUUUUAAUAACCAGCAUGUGGAAUGUAACGAAAUAUGCCAUCGUCUUUCUUUGACAAGACCUUCAACUGAGAAGCCAAAUAAGCCAUAGACAAUCUGGAGUGGUAAGGACGACUUAGUGCUGCCCACCAGUGCCAGGCACUCCUCUCCUUCCAGGCCCAUGGAUUACGGCACAGCCUGGUCCCGUCGGGUUUAGGUGGGGCUGUGGGACUGGUUCUGGCCAGUGAUCUGUUGAGAGGAAUUGAUGAGUAUCACUUUCAGGCCCAUGUUCAGUUGCCAGUGUAACACCCUCCAGAGUCUCUUUCCUUCUGUGCAAUUACCAGAAAUACAUCAAGAGACAGCUGCUCAUCAGCAUAAGUCCUACAGUGAGGAAAACGUGAGAAAGAGACCCAACUGACCCAUGAUGAACACAAAGCACAUAUAAGACAUAAACUUUUCUGGGUGAAACCAUUUAGAUUUUGGAGCUUUUUGUCGCUAUCCAUCAAGACUGAUACUAUUGGUAUUUUUUCUUACUGAUUUAGGAGUUCUUCACAUAUAUUAAAGAAUUCAGACCUUUGUGAUAUGA